AUGGCGGCGGUACGGCCAGACGAGAAUCAAGGGCCUACUAUUCUGGGGGCCACUCUGUCAGUUUUCAUCCUGGCAGUGAUUACCACGAUAGCAAGACUCUAUGUUCGCAUUCGGAUGAUCCGCAAUGUGGGGUGGGAUGACUACACGAUGAUUUUGUCAAUGGUUUUGUGUAUUGCAGGCCAGUGCGUAAUCAUACCGCAGGUCUACUAUGGCGCAGGUCGACACAUCGAAUACAUUGACCCCAAAGACUUUCCACAAGCAAUGAAGUUGAACUUUAUAUCGCAACCGAUAUAUCUCUUCGCCAUAUGUUUUGUCAAGAUCUCUGUGGGCUUCUUCCUCUUGAGAAUUGCAGUCAGGCCUUUUUUCCGGCGUCUCAUCACGGGAAUCAUGAUAUUCAUGGGCGUCUACACAUUCGGCUGCGUUCUAACUGUCUUCUUGCAAUGUAGCGAUGUCCGAAUGAUGUGGGAUCUAACAGUAAAAGGCACAUGCUGGACCGUAACGCAAAUCAAGAUCCUCGGAUACCUCAACACCGUUCUGAACAUGAUUACCGAUCUUGCCUUCUCUAUCGGCAUACCCAUCCCAAUGCUCUGGGGCGUUCAAAUGAACCGCCGCCACAAAGCCUCCCUAAUCUGCAUCCUUGGCCUCGGCCUCUUCGCCACGGCCGCUUCAAUGAUCAAGCUCUCCUACAUCGGCAACUACGGGCGCGCGGGCGACCUAAUGUGGGACUCGCGCAACCUCACCAUCUGGACAGUCCAAGAAUGCAACGUCGGCAUGGUCGCCGGCAACCUUCCUUGCCUCAAACCGCUCUUCCGCUCCAUCCUCGUCUCCACCUACGGCAAAGGCUCCCGCAAGACUACCCAGCCUAAAUACUUCUCCGAUGCGUAUGCAGCGGGGACAAAGGAACGAUCUACGAAUAAAAGCUAUGGACCGCUCGGCUCACCCAAGUUGGAGGAUCGCGGCUUUUUCGACGGCGGCGAGGCUCCUGCAGCGCAUCAUGCGAUGGGCGGGAAAUCGUACAUGCUUACUACAAUCGACGCCACCCACGCGCACCAAACAACCAAAGAUACCACCACCACCACCGCACCCUCCGUCAAUUCCUCAGGCAGAAGCUCGCCGGCUGCUGUCGGGGGUGAUGCGCGAAGUAGCACAGAGAGCUUUGCACGACUGAAUCGCCAUACUUCUGUGCAUGGCCGCGGCGGUGCACAUGAGUUGGGCAAUAUUACAGUGACGACGGAGGUCGAUGUGAGUGAAUCUGUUCGCUCGCCCUUUCAGGAUUCAAGGCCCCCGGCACAGUUUAAAGGGAGGGAUAUGGUGUAA